AUGCAUAAAAAAAAAAUAAAAAGGAAUGAUCUUUAAUCAGCCCCUGAAGUAAUUAGGACUAGACAUAGACCUACUAAUCAUCUGGAAAUUGAAAGUCUAGUAAUGCAAGAUAUGCGUAAAAAAAUACUGAAUGAUGAAAUGAACACCAUACAGUUUUACGAUAUUGUUAUGCCUGAUUAAGAUGAGAUGAUUACUUCGCUUAAGGAUUCAACAAAGAAACCUGUUAAAUUGCACCAGAAGGUAAGGAGAACUGAUUUGGAAAAUAAAUUAAGAGCUCGUUUGUCAAAUGAGCCUGGUGCCAAAUUAUUACUAUAAGAAAUUUAUGAGAAACUUGAAGAAGACCCUGAUAACAAUACCAAGACGGUUCGUAAGAAAUUGCAUCAAGAGGAGCAGUUCAAAGCCAAUUAAUAAUAUAAAGCUGAAAGUGAUGAUCAAUUGGUUGCCAACUUGGAUACUUGGUACAAAGGAAUAAAAAAGAGGUGGAAGGAAGAACAGGAGAAAUUGAAGUAGGAAUAGGAGAAAGAAAGUAUAAAUGCUGUUGAAUUAUUAUUAGGACUUGCUAAAAUAUAAUUCUAAGAAAAAUCACAAUCACUCUAAUUAUUGAGAAGAGGUGGACUCAAUGACAGAUCCAAAGCAGUGCAAGGAAUUCCAGCCUUUCCAAAAUUAAUAGUUGAGUCUGCAAAGUAGGAAGGCGAACAAAGUGUAUUCAAAUAGAAAUUGAUGGGUUCCUUGCAAAAGAUAUCAGCUAUCAAGAAGAUCGAAAUGCUUCAUCAAGAUCAUUCAUUGACUAAGCAAUUGGAUAAGUAUAUGUAAUAGGGUUCGACUUUGACGCAGCAAGAAUUGGCAUAGAUUGAAUUAGCAAGAGCCAAACAACAAGGAGAGGAAAAACACGAUGGAACUCUGAUAUUUGACUAUACUGUGGAAGGUUUAAAAAAUAGUUUACAUACAUUAAUUAAAAUGCAAUUAACUUAAUUUUAAAAUGCAAGUGAUCGAGCAUUAUUUUAUGAAAAAUAAACGAACUAAAUUUUACUAUCAAUUAACUCAAGAUUAGAGAGGUAAAAAAACACUGUAAAAAAGAACGAAAAAGAUCUUGAAACACUGAGAAUGGAGAAUCAUGAAAUUCAUAAAAAGUUAAGGGCCAUUUAGGAUUUCAUCAAAGAAAGAUAAGAGGAAUUGAGAGGAAUAAAUAAGAAACCUUAAUAGUCAUCAAAUUCACCCAAUAUUAAAAAUAAUGCUAGUCAAGUUGACAAUUAUAUGGUUAUUGCAGUUAAAUAGAAUGAAUUGGAAAGUCAAAUAGAUUAAAUGAGAGAUAAUUACAACAAAUUUCAAUAAUAAAUGAAGUUAAAUGCAAUUUAAAUUGAAAAAUUAGAAUAGGAGAACUCUAAAUUGAAUAAGAAUAAUAAAGCACUAUUAAAAUCAAUUUAAGGAUUUUUACUAGAAUUGCUUAAAAUUGGUUUGGAUUGUAGAUCACAAGGUUUAUCUUGGAUAAUUAAGGCAGUUUGGGAUUCAGGAGAGAAGAUAGCUGAAGCAAAUUUUCCACCAUAUUUGGAUAGCAAAGCAAGAGAUUUCUUAAUCACUAAAACAAGAAAGACAAUUGAGUUGAAUGAUUUGUUUAAAAAGGCUCAUUAAUUGUUCAGUAAUUAUAGAGAUUCUUCAAUUGACACAGGGAACAAUUCCAUAGUAUCUUUAUUAUCGAAAAAUCAUUUCUCUUAAAUUGAUUCAAUGGACAUUAAGAAAUAACAUAUAGAAUAGAUUAAAUCACAGUAAGAAUCUCAAGUAUCUCUAUUGAUACAAGGAUUGAGUGAUACAGAAAAUAAGCUGGUCUAAUAAACUCUUACUCAUAUAUUUUAAAGCAAAGAAACACUAAAUGAUAUCAUCUACAAUGAAGCUUAAAGAAGAAUAGCCAGGAUGUUCAAAUCUGAAGCCAAUUAAGAAUAAUCGAUAGUUUUUACUGAGUUGAACAAUUUUGAAAAGGAUAAACUAAUAAAGGAGUAUCAACAAAUACAAAAAGAUAUAGAGGUUAAGGAGGGACUAUUUAGAAAAUUUGAAGAAACUGAAUUGCAAAGGUUAGUUAAAGAAAUUGAUUACAAGAAUUAUCUGGCACGAUUUAAUGUCGAAGCAUUGUAAGUGUUGGCUGCAUUGUUUGGAUAUACAAGAGCGGAAAGAGAAUUAAUAAAAUAUGGUAUGAUGCACAAAAUGCUUAAUAAUUGAUUAAUUAAUUUAUUAAAAUGAUUGAAA